AUGCAGCUUGGAGACUCAGUGGAGAUCAGCAAGUUCAUCACCAAGAAGGAAGUCCAACAGGCCAGGUUGCAGUGUGAUGAGGAGUGUGCUGCCCUGGAGAGGAAAAACCAGAACGUUCUGGAUUCGGGAAUCACUCGGGAGCCUAGAGACAAAUGGCCUGUGAGUAGGGAGGGAGAACUACUGCAUAACCUCCCUCGUCUCCUCCCGCAUACUCAUCUAUUUCUCAAUCACUCCAGGAGAUUGGCAGAGGCAUUCGACAUCACUGAUGACUCUGAUCCUUUCAACGUACGCUCUUCAGCAUCGAAAUUCAGUGACAGCCUGAAAGACGAUGCCAGGAAAGACUUCAAGUUUGUCAGUGACAUCGAGAAGGAAAUGGAAGCACUCGUGGAGGCCGUGAAUAAGGGAAAGAAUAAUAAGAAAAGCUACUGCUUCCCUCCCAUGAACAGAGACCACCGCCGCAUCAUCCAUGACCUAGCCCAGGUUUAUGGCCUGGAGAGUGUGAGCUAUGACAGUGAACCAAAGCGCAAUGUCGUGGUCACUGCCAUCAGAGGGAAGUCCAUCUGUCCUCCUACCACGCUGACCAGUGUUAUUGAAAGGGAGACACAGACACGGCCUCCACCGCCAAUUCCUCAUCACCGACACCAAGCAGACAAGAAUCCCGGGAGCAGUAAUUUACAGAAGAUCGUGAAGGAGCCGGUGAUUGACUACUUUGACGUCCAGGACUGAGAAGAUAGAUAUAUUUAGAUAAAAGGAUAAUGCUGUGCACUGGAGACUCAUUUGCCGGCAGAUAGAUCAUGCCCGCCCCUCCUGCCUGGCAUGGCCGCAGCACCCGUGCUGUCUUGUACCGAUACAGCCAAGCAUGAAUGUGUCAGAACCCCAGUCUCUCCAGCCCACAGACCCCUGGCUCCGUGGCCACUGGAUUUUUAGUCACGUUUUUGAAGAGGCUGCUCACACCAUCACUGUGAUUACUAAGAGACUGGGCGAGUAUCAGAUUUUAUUUGGAUAAACCAGAAUUUUUAUCCCAAACUGGCUUUGUGGCACUUGGUGUCCCAUUUGUUCCUCCGUGGGCCUCACCUUCCUCAUGAGGAAAGACACACGAAGCCCUGACCAUCAGUAAGCUGUCUGGAACCAUGUGUCUUAACCCUAGCCAUCUUAUCCAAAAGCUUCCGCUGUCUCUCACGACUGGUCAGGUUGCUGAUAGAAUUCCAUUUUCUCAAAUCCCUGGCAUUCUCUCACCAUGUCACCAAGCCUACCCAGAACAGUUGAGCUCUGUCACAAUGGUAAGACCUUGGGCAGGCUCUUCUGUCGUGUUCACAACUGUGGGUCUAUGCACUGUCCACUGUAGCCCUAAGUUCUCUGUGGUUGAUAGCAGCUCUCACAUAGACAGCAGGACGGGGUAGCUUUUCCCUGGGCUUUCAGCAGCCACAGACUCUCCCUACAUCUGAGCUCUGAACCACUGUUCCGAUAUUCAAAGAAGUGUGUGGACAGUCCAGGGCCUGUGCCAAGUGCCCUACUGUAGGCCUCCAGCCUCCUUAAAGCAGGCGUGUGCCACCUGUGUCGGCCCCCUCUGCACAGGCUGGACUCCUCUCUUUGUUGGUUUUUCUUUUUCUUCUCUUUCUUUUUUUUUAUGUUUUUUUUUCUUUGUUUUUGUUUUUUGUUUGUUUGUUUUGGUUUUGGCUUUUUUUCAAGACAGGGUUUUUCUGUGUAGCCCUGGCUGUCCUGGAGCUCACUCCUGAAGAUCCAUCUGCCUCUGCCUUCUGAGUGCUGGGAUUAAAGGCAUGUGCCACCACCGCCUAGCUUCUUUUUGCUUUAAAAUAAACUUUGAGCCCCCAAAACUUGGAAUCAUUAAACAAGGUACUUAAUUUGUA